AAAUUAUAAUUUGGCGGACAUACGAAAUUAUGUUGGUGUGUAGUUAGACGUGUGGCUCUUCUUCUGUUGUGAUUGUCUGGUUUCCCGUAUACCAUAAAAUCACCUGUAAAUAUAUCUCUGAGGAAACCUACAUCAAUGCCUAACGAUACUCGAAGAGAACUUCUCCUUGGCAUAGAUAACAUGCUUUCUGAGCUAAUUCAAGCUGUCCGACUUGAACGUAAAGCUUAUGACCACACCUUCAAUGAAUCCGACAAAUUGCCAGGUAUAAAUAAAGUACCUGAGUCACAUAUGACCCAUACUAAAUCGAAAAAUGAAAAACCCUUUCAAUCAACAGUAUGUAAAGCUACACAAACUCUGCCUCAGCCAGCAACGUCUCAUCUGUUUGAUCUUCCAAAAACUAAUAUUAAAUCAAAUGCAAAGUAUGCCUCACAGAGAAAGUUUGAUGUUGCGAAACAUUCAUCAACCAACAUUUCUCCAUCUUUACAUCAGUCCUGUUUAUUGAAAUCACAUUGUUGUGAAGUAGUCGGCAGUGACAAUUAUUACACUACAAUGUCUUCAUCUCAUUCAAGUUCACUGUUCAGUUGCAGUUGUAAAUAUUAUCAAGAAAGAUAUUCCACUCCUAGAUAUCCAAAUGUUGAUCUCACUCCAAGUGGAUAUAUUUCAUCAAAGCAUAUUAAAAAUCCUGUUAAUAAAUGCUGUAUAUCUUCUACAAGUGGUUGUUCAACUGGAUGUUCUACAUGUUGUCGUAAAUACUCAAAUUAUUCACCGUCUAAUGAAUUAUUACUUCAUUGUAAAUCUGAUUAUUCUUGUUCUUGUUAUAUGCACACUUCAUUCUAACAUUCAUAACACUUGUAUCAUCCUAACUUUGGUGUAAUUGUACAGAAAAACAAAUAUUUUCUCUUCAAGCAUUUUAUACUUUCCUACUCUCCUUUUUUUUAAAUUACCUUUCCUCUUCUUUUUUUACAUUAAUAUUUUGUUGACCACAAUUAAUCUCUUUGUACAUAGGUCCCUAUUUAUGGGUCCUCAAUAAAAUACUACCUAAAACCACAUAACGAAUUAGUACAAAGUGAGAUGCAGCUCUUUGUUUCAAACAUUCUGUUUUUAUUUGAUGGGCCGUGGCAUCAAGUCCCACUCUGUCUGUUUCUACAUUGGCAACUAGGUAGCAUUUAUUAUUAAGCCUCACACACACCAUAAGUGUGGCUAUUAGCCUAGAUAUGAGAAACCUUUCUCGAAUAACUGAGCUUAAACGACAAAUACUCAAGAAUUAGUACAAAAGGUAAUUAUCAAAUGUCUACUGAUGUUUUCACAUCUUCAAGGGAACAUCAGUGUAUUGAUUAUUAAGCUUUAAAUCCAGCAUUUACUGCCGAAUACACCUACUAACACAAAUGGGAAUUUGGCUUCACUCUUC